GACCUCUCACGCAGUGAGCAGACAUGGGGCAUCCGAAGCCGGAAUGUAUCGCGUUCAGAAAUUGGGUAAUACUGUUCGGAGCAAUUCUACCGACCUCGUUCGCGCACUCAGCCCGUUAAACCUUCGGAUCAGCAACAAGGAGUCUGUCCAUGCGAAGCUUAGCAUUGCUGUUGUGUCCGUGCGUUAUCGCGGUGGUGGUGCAUCUCUGGCUGGUAGCAAACAGAACUGCCUUGUUGGAUCUAAACGAUUCAGAUCGACAGCCAUCAUCCCUGGAAGUUCUGGUGGGAGUGCUGUCCGCACGCCAUCACCAUGAUCUCCGGGACGCGAUAAGGGAGACUUGGUUGGGCUACAUCAAGCAGCACCCGCAGUUCCGCCAUCGGGUGGCUGUUAAGUUUAUCAUUGGAAGACGAGGCUGUCCAAUACCUCAAGAGGACAGGGAGGAUCCGUACUCAUGUACCUUGCUCAACCUUACUGAUCCAGUGAAUGGACAGGAAGUGGAGGUGCUCCCUGUGCCCGACGCCUCUGUGCUCGCUCACUCUGAGGUGUCUGCUGUCAGCCUGGACCUCAAGGUCCUGCACCCCAUCGUGAUCACCCGCCUGGGGGUGUUCCCCGAUGGCCCCAACAUGGAACUCCGGGGUAACGUGACGGUUAAGCUCUUCCAGGUGGAUCAGGAGGAACCUGUGGUGACUGCUCGUUUCAGCUCCAUAUGCACAGGAACCAGUAUGAAUGGGGUGUGGUAUAAGCCUGUGGAGCAGUUCAUUCUGCCAAAGGGCUUUGAAGGAACACUGGUUUGGGAGAGUUUGGACGCUGAUCUGGUGACUGCAAACGUCUCGAGGGUUCAGUUCAACAAUGGGGGAGGAGUGUUUAGAAUAUCCUCUAUUGAGGAGGGAACGUUGCCUCACAGAAGUGCUCUUGGCUUUCCUGGUGUAGCAGGAGGGUUUACGUACUCCAUUUACGAUGUGGAUGUGCUGCUGGAGAUGUUGCGGGGGCGGCCCGAGCGGAUGCAGGACCAGGCCUCCAGGCUCAGACUGGAGGAUGAAGCCCUGGAUCAGGAGAGCCUUCGCCAUGGUGACAUGGUGUUUGUAGAUGUGAUUGACACCUAUAGGAAUGUGCCUUCCAAACUGCUGCAGUUCUACAACUGGUCAAUAGGAAAUGCUGACUUCAGUCUCCUCCUAAAGACGGAUGAUGAUUGCUAUAUCGACGUGGACGCAGUAUUAAUGAAGAUAGACCACAAGCGACUCCGGAGGAAUAGUUUCUGGUGGGGAAAUUUCAGGCAGAGCUGGGCGGUGGACCGCGUCGGGAAGUGGCAGGAGCUGGAGUACAGCAGCCCCGCGUAUCCAGCCUUCGCCUGCGGCUCUGGGUACGUGGUCUCGCGGGACCUCGUGGAAUGGCUGGCCGGUAACGCAAACCGACUGAAGGCUUACCAGGGUGAGGAUGUAAGUAUGGGCAUAUGGAUGGCUGCAGUUGGGCCAGGAAAGUACCAGGACUCGGGGUGGCUGUGUGAGAAACACUGCUACUUGGACAUGCUGUCAUCGCCACAGCACUCACCGGAGGAACUGCGGUCCCUUUGGGACAGGAAGAGAGUUUGUGGGGAUCCGUGCGGCUGCCCCUGGGGCCACCCCUGACCCCUGACCCCUGGCACGGUGUCAUGGACUGCCGACUGGUGCUACAGUUGUGACUCAUGGGAAGUCUGAACAGAGAUGAGAGCUGUGUUCUGUGCCCCUCUCCCCCCUAGUCUCCUACUGUGACUGCAUGGUUGUCAAGACCCUGUAUGGGUGUGUGUUAUGCCGCCGCUGUGUACUUUGUGACUCCGGAUGAUUCUUGCGAGAGCUCAUUCAAAGGAUGUAGACUUGAUUAUUCCAGGUCUGGACAAAUUAUUAUUUUUAUAAAGUAAAUGAGGCAAUUGAAGAACUGGCAAGCAAUGUGUUAUAGCAGUGACAGUGAUAAAAUUGUGUAGACGUUGCUUGACUUUUUGAGUUGCAUUUAUUAUUUUUAGAUGUCCCAUAUCAGAUAUAUACACGUUUUUUGUUGAUUAGAGAAUGGCAUCAUACAGCGUUGACUUUGUGUGUAGAAGUGUCAAUUUUGUGUUCAUAGCUGCAUCUGUGGCCUUGUCAGACACAAGCAUAUGCCUCCAGGCCAUACUGAGUGCUUUCUGCAGCUCUGUACAGUGGAGUGUGUUAGGGAAUGGCUGUCACACAACCCUUUUCCAACGUGUCAUGUGUCUAAAGCAGAUGCUGUGCCACUCUGAAAUGUAACAAAGAAGACAAGGCUGUGAAUAGGAGUUCUGCGCUGAUGUGACUCAUCCUGUGGUACCACAGGAUGCAGUUGUCAGGGUAACAGGAAAUAAAAGAAUGAUCACCGAAAACAAAA